GCUUGCAUGAAUUUUGAACAGGCCUGUUUUGGAGCAUGCUGGCAGCCGCCUUCUUCCUCCUCUCAUUGGUAGAACAAUCUUCUGCGGACCUGCGUGUCUGGACCUCGAGCUGCAGGCACCUCGAGUCAGCUGUGGCUUCGUUAGGUGAUCCAUCUCAUAGACGGCAGAUGCAUGUGAGGCAGCUGCAGUUUCCAUCUGCAAGCAUUGUCUGCCAACAUGGAGAGUCGACCGCGGCGCGAGAUCAAACUGCCUGCAAAGUUCAAAGAGGAGGAAGGAGCAGCACUGGGGAAGAAGAAAGCUUCAAAGGAUGCCGAAGACGAGCCCGUGGUCUACUGCAUAUGCAGGAAGCCAUACAAGGAAGGGGACUUCAUGAUCCAUUGUGAUAAAUGCAAGGAAUGGUUCCAUGGGAAUUGCGUGAAGGUCACUCAAAGGGAGGCGGCCAAAAUAAAGAAGUAUGUAUGCCCGACGUGUUCCAAGGAGGAGACCCCUGCAGUGGUUCCUUUGGCCUUGGAGGAACCGUCCAAGAUCCCCAAGAAACAUCGAUCAUUGGAAACUGCCAAGGGGGAUAAAGCGCAACCAGCGGCUGCAGCCAAGGCUGAGGAAGCCAAGCCAUCAAAAGCACCUGCGGGUACGAAGUCGUCUGGGGCGGAGUCAAAAACUUCCAAAGCUGCAGAGGCGGCCAAAGAAACAAUGGCAGUGAAGCCGAACGAGAAGACCGGGAAUGGCACGGAACCAAAGGAAAAGGGGAAAACUGCAAAGCGAAAGGUGCCACAGGGCGCUGCCAAGGGGGCAGAGAAGGCGGAGAACAAGGAGCAGGGGGCGGAGAAAGUCAAGGGGGAGGACAAGGAGCAGGAGAGUAAAGAAGAGAAGGAGGAAAAAGAGGGGCAGGAGGGGAAAGAGGCAACAGAGGGGAAGGAGCGGAAGGAGGGGGCAGCCCCAGUGAAGGCAAGGCCGAAGAAAGAAGACCUCGUGUGCAGUGCGUGCAGAAACAAGGGCCACAUCCGGACGCAUCGGGAGUGCCCCCUGUUCGGACAGCUGCCAAGCCCCUCAAAUGGCAAGAAGGCCGGAAGCGCUGUUGCAGCUGAUCAGAAGCCUGCUGGCGGAGGUGCCCCCAAAAGUGAAAAGCACAAGGAGGUCGUAGUGCCCAGCGAUGAGGACGAGCCAAUCCUGGCACGAAAGAAACCGGCACCGUCACCAAAGGCGCCUUCUACAAGCGCCGCCCCCCCAGCUUCUGCGCCUGCCACGAAGGAUGAUCCCCCCGCCACAGACGACGACGAUCAUGCACAUAUGCUGCAUCCCGUCAACACGAGCAGCCACUUUGACACUGGAGCAGCGCUCCUGGUCGCACCAGACAAACCGCCCGCAACCCUGGAGGCGGAAAAGACCGCGCCAGCGGAGGCAAAGGCCAAAGCCCCCAGUGCAAAACCGCAGGCGGCUCUUUCGGGGGAGAAAAGAAAGAUGGAGGUGGGCUUAGAAGGGGCGGAAAGGGCCUCGUCGGAUGCCAAGAAGGCCCGUCCGCUGAUCCCACCCCUGGAGGCGGCGUCCAAGCAUAGCAGGCAAGGUGUGGCAGAGCCCCGGACCGUAAAAACGCCCGAGUCGGCUCCGUCGGGUCCCGUUCCGGAGACCCCUAGGACGCCCAAGUCUCCAGCUAGACAGCCAGGCCCUGAGAGUCCAAGGAGAGCGCAUGAGGGAGCGCAGGGUGCAGGGGCGGUUGUGCUCGGGCCGCCAAAGAUCGAGCCGCCGAAGAGCGAGAAGAAAGAACAGCCUCCUUCGGUGGGCAGGCAGGAGAGCAGCAAAGGGGCGAAGCGGGGUUGGGAGGAGAUGGAGGGUAAAGCCGGGGGAGUGAAGAAGGGGGGGUUUGAUCAGGCUCAUGCGGACUAUAAAGCGAGAAUGGCGUUCAGGAACUCUCUGGCGGGUGCUCUAGCUACAGACGCGAAGGAAGGGGGUGCGGGACCCCAGCCUCCGACGCCGAAACGUGGGGGCGACGGAAGCCAAGCGGGGACCCCAAAGCCAGGCAACGCUGCAGAAACGCAGCGUGAAACAGAGGGCAUGGCGGGGCUGGCAGAAACGAGCGGGGUUGCAAAGGCGGAUCACGUAGAGGGCCCUGGUAGGGAGGGGAGCGGGGUAAAGAACGAAGGCACCAGCGGGGGCGUCAACAAAAGCGACGGUGGAUCCGGUCUGGCUGUGCUGGCCGCAGGCGGUGAGGUCUCAGCCCUAGGGGUCCCUGGAGCUGGAGCGAUGGAGAAAGCCCCGCUAAGCGAGCCCCCUGGCAAAGCGGAAGAGGGAGACGGAUCAAAACCUGAGAGCACGGAAAUGGGGACCGGUCCAGGGACAGAAAAGGCGGCUGGUCUGCAAAGCGUAGGUGCGGCAGCUUUGGGCGGGCCUUCGGGCGAGCACACCCUAGGGAAAUUCAAGCCGGAUCUGGGAGGGCAAAUCGAGGGGCCAACAGCGGCUACUGAAGAUGUCACAGACAAGAGCGGUGCGGCCGCUCUAGAUGAGGCGAGCCUUUUGCGGCUGGCGGAGGAGGUGGCGGGGGAGAUUGAGGCGGCGCUCUAUGCGCACUUUGGGGGAACUGGAAACCCGUACCGCCAGCAGACCCGCAUGCUGGUCUUCAAUCUGAAGAACAACCCGGAGCUCCGGUCGAGGGUGCUGGCGAAAGAGGUCGCGCCAAAGCAGCUGUGCACGGCGACUUCAGACGAGCUGGCGCGUAAGGAGCUGUCGGACUGGCGCCACGCCAAGGAGGAGGCGCUUUCGGCGCUCAAGGUGCUGACGGAAGACCCGCUGGAGGCGCUGCGGCGCGUUCGCAAGAAGACCCACAAGGGCGAAGAGGACGUCGAGAUGGACAAGGACAGGAUGGCCGCAGCGAUCAUGGAGGGUGACAAGGAGGCGCACGAAGUGGGGGAGAAAGAGGAGGCGGGAGGGAGAGAUGCGGAAAUGGAGGAGCCAGGUGGGGAAGAAGACGCAAAGGAGCCGCUAAAGCGCCAAAGAUCCGCAGAGGGACCUACCAGGACAUCAGCUGACGUUUUGGGCCAAAAGACUGGGGAGGCUUCCAACGACGGGAAACCGAAGAUGAGCACAGAACCAGCUUCGUCUGGGACAGGUGGAGCCGUCAAAGAGGAACACGUCUCAGCACCGGGGCCGGCAGCUGCUUCGGACCAAGAGCAGAGUGCGGGUGCAGAAGGCGGCCCUACGGGGGAAGGGGGGCUCUCGCUUGAGGAGUAUCUGGAGGCGUGCAUGACCGCCGGGGGGGGGUCCGAUCAGGGCAGCGAGGACGGGGGGGACGAGAAGAUGGGCGAAUGGGUUGCUAGCGAGGACGAGGAAGAGAAGGUGGAAGCGACAGUGAAAGAGGAGAACGUUGCGGCGGGGGGGGAGGAAGAUGAUAAGGGCAUGGACGACUUUCUGUGGGAGGGCAACCUGAUGCUUAGCGGGCGGGCGUGCCCCACGAUCGCGUCGUUUGUGGGGGGGGAGCGUAUGCAGAUCGAGACGUGGCCGAUGACCGUGGAGGUUAAGGGGCGGGUUAAGAUGGCAGACUUCCGCGCGUUCAUGACGAGCCCGCAGCUGUACAAGCACCGCGUCGUGAUGGUCAUCGGGCUCAAGUACCUGGAGGAAGCGCACGACUCCAAGAACCAUCUCGCGAUCGCGAGCCAGAACUACCUCGAGGCGAACCGUGUCGGGUACGCGGAACCCGUGGCCAAUCUGGAGGUCUACAUCGCCCCCCCCAGAGCGGAGGGCCUCGCCGCCUUUCUCCCUUUGAAAGGAGAAUGGGGGGAGUCGGGCGAGCUCUUAGCCGUGGUGGUCAAGCGCCGGUUCCCGCCUGAAGGCCCCCCCGGUUCGGAACCCCCCGCCCAGACUCAGCAGCGGCAGUCAGGGGGGCCUGCCCCUCAGGGGACUCAACCGAGGGGCCAACCGGCCGCACAGGCUGGAGGGGAGGACGUUUGGUCACCCCCGACCUCUCCGUUUGACAAUCCCGGCGGACCGAAGGGCCCUCAGGCGUGGCCCACUAAGAAAGCGGAGCAGGGGCAAGGGGGAGGCUCGGGUCCGGCGGAGGCGGCGCCGAUGGAACAGGAUCAAGCAUCAAUGCAGCGCAAGAGACGGGACCCCCGCCUGCGCGACGAUGAUCUGCCGGACGUAGAGCUGCCACACCUGGGAUCGUACCAGCCGCUACGGCCGGCUCCCCGGCCUCCUGGAAUCCUACCUCCUUUACCCCGGGGGCCUCCUCCAGCCCAUGUUCAACCCCCCUUCCCGUACAUGGGCCACACGCCCCCUCGGGGCCCACUCCCGCCCCUUCCGCCGGGCCCCCCUCCGCCCCACUUUCAGCAGAUCGAGGGGCGGCCCGGCCCAGCGCCGUACCUGCCCCCACCCCCUCCCUUUCAUGGGCCGUCCUCGACCCUAGGUGGAGCGCCGCAAAGGGGUCCUGAAAACAACAGAGGGCGGCGGAGACGGGGGGGACGGAACCGGAAGCAAGGACCGGUUCUUGGAGGGGACCAGAUGGGAGAGCGGGGGAUGGCGCAGUGGCUGCAGGAAGAAGCGGGAUCGGACUCGGAUGGGGGAGGGGGCGAGCAUGACGAGGCAUUGGGCGAAUGGCAGCCCCCUGGUAACGAGCGGUGAAGUGCGCCAGGAAACGUGCGAGCACAGCACAUGUAUUGUAAAGAUGCGAUUUUAGCCAUUUGGGAGGAAUGGUCCGUGAAGAAGACUAUAGAUAGAUUUUUAGCGUCUGUGAAUGUCAGAAAGUCUUGUCCUUGAAAACCGGUCUUAGACAAACGGUUAUUGGAUACACUUGGUAGCUCGAAGUGUUUGAAAACCUAGAAAAGCAGCGAUCUACCCACGGUCUUUGAGAUCCGUUGGGCGUUUAAGCCAGGAUCUGGCACCCCCGGCCUGCCGAGAAGCGGC